AUGAAGAUCGAGGGCGUCAUAUUGCCCACCAGAGGGCAUAACGCUUCCUGGAAUCUUGAGGUGUCAAAUGGUAUCAUACGAACUAUGGAACCGGUCACGCAUCAACAUGCGGACGCAGCUGCCACCCCCAGCCUGCUGUUACCUGCUCUCUGCCAUCCCCACAUACACCUCGACAAGCCCUAUAUCUUGACCUGCAACCAUGGGACGUCGCCAGAUCAUCCCGAUUACUCUGAUCUGGCGCCGCGGACUGGCUCCUUCGGUGAAGCUCUCUCCAACACAUCCAAAGCCAAAGAGCGCUAUACUGCGGAAGACCUCUAUCUCCGUGGGUCGCAACUCCUGGCAACGGGCCACAGGCAGGGCGUGACUUCGCUUCGGGCUUUCGUGGAACUGGAUCAUGUUACCGGCAUCCAGCCAUUGACUACAGCAAUCAAGCUGAAGGACGAUUUCUCACAUCUCGUAGAAAUCCAGAUCUGCGCAUUCGCCCAGGAUCCUAUUUUCUCCACCCAGCAUGGCGAGGAGAAUCGAGCAAUGAUAAGCGCUGCGCUUGCGGAUUACAGCGCACACAUCAGCGCUCUCGGUACGACACCUUAUGUAGAAGACUCCGUUGAUGCCUCGUUGCGUAACAUCGAGUGGGCUGUAGCUACCGCAAUCCACCAUGACCUGCACCUUGACUUUCACCUGGACUACAACCUCACGGCCCCGGAUACCACCAAGCCCCUGACCUACUCGGUGAUUGACGCGCUGGAGAGGCAGGAGUGGGCUGAUAAGGCAAACCGAUCGAAUACCAUCGUCAUCGGCCACUGUACACAGCUUUCCAACCUGGCAGCUGCCGAUCUGGCCAAUCUCGCAGACAGGAUCAAGUCCAGCAAACUUCCAGUAUUCUUCGUUGGCCUACCGACGAGCGAUCUGUUCAUGAUGGGUCGUCCAGACCCCAGUAGUCCCCAGCAUCGGCCGCAUCAUCGGCCUAGAGGGACUUUGCAUGUGCCGUCAUUGAUUAAGGACUACUCCAUGUCUGCUUGCCUCGGAGUCAACAACGUCGGGAAUGCUUUUACCCCCUACGGCACGGGCGAUCCUCUGCAGCUCGCCUCCUGGGGCGUGGGGAUAUACCAAGCCGGCACGGUGGAAGACGCACAACUUCUCUUCUCCUGCGUAAGCUGGGGGGCGAGGAGGGCCAUUGGGCUCGAAGUCACCAGCGACAAUGGUGAUAUAAAGGUGGGUGACAGAUGGCAGGCGAUGCUGCGGGUUGAGAAUGAGCAAUGUUGGAGUCUGGAGGGUCGUUCGGGGAGGGCCAUGGAUGUGCCAGCUAGGCAGAGGAUGAGUUUCAGAGACGUCGUGUGGGAUCCGCCAGAUGUACAUUUGAGGUCUAUUAUAAGGUGA